UCUUGCUGCUGCCAGGUCCAGAGUGUCUCAUGGGUCCCUGUACGGCCUCCCAUUGCUGCUGUCUCCAUCGCCACACUCUGCCAUGUGCCACUUUCAGGUCUCUUCACACUGCUGGUGGGUUCCAUUUUGUCAUAGGGUGCUGGCAGAUUACGGGCCUCCCAUUGCUGCUGCCAGGCCCGUAAUCUGCCAUGGGCCCCCGUACCGCCUCCUCAUGCUGCUGCCAGGUCCAGAGUGUCUCAUGGGUCCCUGUACGGCCUCCCAUUGCUGCUGUCUCCAUCGCCACACUCUGCCAUGUGCCACUUUCAGGUCUCCUCACACUGCUGGUGGGUUCCAUUUUGUC